GCCUUUCCCGCAUCACGGCGGCUCCCUUACACCUACAUCACGUUUUAAUCGGGAUGCGAUCGUUGUACUAAACAACUCCGGGAUUGAAGGAGGCUGCACAUGCAUUUACGGAUUUUAUCAAAUAAGUUGCAUACUUUAUUGCAAUAUUUCACGGUUAGUACGGGCAACUGGUUAUCGAGGGAGAUAUUAAUGUUACCGUUACUGAUGUGGAUAUUUUGAAGUGCAAAUGCAUAUCGUUAUUCGACAUAUGGACGUUGGGUCGUUCUUUCUAUUGGUAUAACUACAUUGAGAGGUAACAGGAAUAAUAGCAGAGAGAGAAAGAAAACAUUUUGACUGCAUAAUGGCUUUGAACAAUGACACCACAAAGCCCAUCCCUGAUCCUGCCAUCGUGUCAGCUGAUCCUGGAGAAGAACUGGUGGAAGCUGACCAUGCGCCUGACUCUCAGCGAGCUUCUAGUGUGGAUCCAGCCACCCCUCAAUCGGUGCCAGGGGAACAACAAACUCUCCUGCCCUCAGAGUCCGCUCCCUGCCCCAGCCCUGCCUCCCCUGCUGCUGACUCUGCACCUUGUGUGGAGGUGCGAUCUGAAGAGGAAGUGGUCCUGAUUGAUGAAAAGAGAAUGGAGAAUGGGAAUAGCGUUUGCCCUGUGCCUUCUGACAGCACCCCCCCCUCUUCUCUGUCCUCCCCACCUCGACACCCGCAUGGUAAAUCGCACACCCACUCUCAGAAUGGCAGGGCUAGGCUAGGCAGCCGCUCGGGGUCGCUGGGUCAUGUGACAGCGUCGCCACGGCCAUCGCUGUCUCGCCACCCCAGCAUCGUGACGAAUGGCACGGGAGACGGGUCCAAACCCAAGGACUAUCUAAUACUGGCCAUCCUGGCUUGCUUCUGCCCUGUUUGGCCUAUCAACAUAGUGGGAUUUGUUUACUCUGUGAUGUCCAGGAAUAGUCUACAGGAGGGCAACGUAGAUGGUGCUCGACGUCUGGGCCGGGUGGCCAAGCUACUGUCUGUGGUCUCCCUGGUGGGAGGGGUCCUCAUCAUUGCUGCCUUCAUCAUCAACUGGGGCAUUAUUUUAAAAUCCUAAGUAGUGCUUCUGCACAGACCAAGCUAAAGAUCAGCCAACACAUUUGGAUUAUUUUUCAUCAAUCAAAUUGAAGCAUCUACCUUCUACCAACUCUAUGCUAUUGGCUGUACUUUCUUCUCUCAAUGACAAGCUAUGGAGAGUAAAACAACCUAUACCUCAAUUCUGUCAACCUUAUAUAGCUUAACUGCUUCUGAGAAACUACACCACACCAAAAUGUUAUAUUUCAAAUUGAGGGACUGCAGUUGACUAAAUGAGUAACACCAAAAAUAUCUUGCAUAUUUCCAGGACUCUUGAUACCAUUGGUAAUAUGGUGAACAUUAAAAAAUUAAUAGGAAAAGGUCUGACAUAGAUGUUCAUUCACAACCUUAAUUUACCAUCUUUGAUGUAUGCGAAGACUAUCUGUGACCCUGUGCAAAUGUACUGUACUUAAGAUCUUCAAGAACAUUGUGCCAAAAUCACUGGGGAUUAUAAAGAGAAAUCGUUCUUAAGAAUGUACAAGAAAAGGAGAAUACCUAAUACUAUUUUGAAAUUUAGCCAUGAAAUUAAAAAAUACUCUUCAAUUAAACCUAUUUUAGCCAUUUUAACUGUGGCAUAAUAAUCUAACAUUAAGAUUAAUUUGUAACAAAGGCCAGCAUUGAAAUCAUUAGGAAUGAUUUGAUUUGGAAUUUUGGAGUUUUGUGAAACAAAACUAUGAAUGUAGAUUCCCAAUUAGUGUAAAAAAAGAGACAAACCACUCGGUGAAUACUGAUAUUUUUCAUGCCUAUCUACUCUUUUAAAUUGAAUUUGAAAUAUCAGGAAAUGCAAGUAGAAAUGUUUUACAUACACAGAAUAGAACAGUUAGGAAUAACACAGCUGGUGAUGGACAAGAAAUGGAAAAAAGAAGGGAAAAGAGCUAAAAAGAAACAAGGGAGGAAACAAUUGCAAGCAAGAACAUGAAGGAGGAGACUGAAGAGGAUGUUUCAUGAACAAACUUUUAGAUCAUGGAUUUACACUAAGGUUGCUUUUCUGUGCUGGACAAUCAGAAAACCAGGUAAAUCCUUUCAGACUGCAACAAAGUCAUGACAGCUACUAAUUUUUCCAAAUUUCUUUGUAAUUUUACUAAUUUAUCUUUACUUGGCCAUUGGCAUUUGCUUACUAAACUCUAUUAAUAAGUGCAUUACCAAGAUAAAUUUGUAUGUUAUUAUUUGAAUUAGCUAGAAAGUGUGAAGGAUGCAAGUGUAUGAAUUCACAUUUAGCUUUUAGACGGUGAAUGCUUUACAACAAAUAGAGGGCUUAUUAGAAACGUUCAGUAUCUGCAUGUUGUAUUAGGCAGGCAGUAGAAUUGUUUAAGGUAAAUUAUUUUUGUAAUUUUUUUUUUGCUGAACAUUAAGAACAUUAGGGACUCUCUCGGCAGUUUCCGUAUGUGACACUUUAGAAAUUUGUUUUGAUGUGUUGUACCUUGCAGUAAGAUGAUGUCUUGAGAUUAUCAUGAGAUAAUCAUAGAAUGUAAAACUGUACUCAGAAAUGGUCAAUUCCCUUUUGUAAGACAUUUUUAGACUGACAUUUAAUUUUUCUCUAUGAACUCAAAUUGUAUGCCCCUCUGAUUUUUGCAGGAAAUGCAUUGAAGGGACAAAAUAUAAUUUUUUGGUACUUGCAGACAGUUUGUGGAAAUUUUGGUUGCAAAAUAUUUAUUUGGAUAAACUGACACAGCACACAUGGAAAUCAUAUAUUGAUGGAAAAUGGAUGGAUGGACAUACAAAUACAAACAGGAUAGUAUUAUGCAGAAUGUGUACAUUACAGGUGUACAUUAUGUAUAGCAUAGUGAGAGUGUCCUUCCUUACGACAAUAGAAUCCAUCUAAUAUUCACUGUACAUUCAUUGCUUUAUAUAUAAGAUUUUCCUGCAUUAGUCCAUGAGUAAACAGGCCAAAAAGCUUUGAAAGUAAAAUAAAGGAAUUUUACAUAUAUUUAAAAUAGAACUUUUCUAUAUGCUUCAUCAGUUGAAUAAUACAAUGAUGAAUGAUAUUUUGAAAUUAGGCUGAUUAGUAUAUUGUCUGUCAUUUGUACUUUAUUGCACAGGGCAUUUUCUGUAACGUGCGACAGGUUUGCCUUGCAUAUUAACAAAUCUAUAUAUUUAAUGACUUCUCCUGCAUGUUCUGCAUAUUUAGGGAAUAGGUGAAUUAAGAUGAGGACAAAUCACAAAACAUUGGCCUUCUCAGUCCCACACAAAUAAGAGUCUUAGCUGUUGGUAUUAUAGAAAUAAUCCAAGGCACUCAGCUGUUUUCAGUGUAAAUUGUGCUACUUUUAUUGGAGAAAUGGUGAAGAACAACCUUCUGUCAGGUUAAAGCAAUGUAAUAUGAGGUUUCUUUCUUGAGGAUUUAGAGACAAACACGCUGAACUGGUCAAUAUUAAACUUGAGUGUUGAGUGAAGUUUAAUUGCAGUUAGUAAUUAGUAUACAAUUCAGUAGCCCUAAUCUGCGUGAGCACAGUUGCUUCAUUUGUGAAGAUAAACCCACAUAUAUUCAUUGCAGCUGUGUUGCAUAUAACUAACUCAUACCUUAGACUGGGGAUUAGAGUGAAGCUGCAUGAAUUAAAUCCACUUUAGUUGUGCUUCACUUCCUUCAGAGAAGGUGAGCAUGUUAGCCUGAAUAUAGAAGGACGCUGUGUAUUUCUGUUUACAAGAAUUAUUGGAUUUUCUCAUAAGUCCCUCAGCCCAGUGACUUGUCUUCACACCCUGACUCAAUGAAUGAAACUUCUGCAUGUGUCUUUUUAAAGAUU